AUGUUUGUGCUUGUGACCGGUGCCAGCGAGGUCAUGAAUAGCACCAUUGCAUCAUCAGUGACCAGCGGGGCUAUUGAUCAGAUAGUGCAAGAUUUCGGCCUGAACAACGAUGCGAUUCUGGUCUUGCCUAUCUCCAUGUUCCUGAUAGGCUAUAUUCUAGGGCCUCUGCUUUGGGGGCCUAGUUCAGAGGCUUAUGGGAGAAGGCCUACUCUCUCGGUGGCCUUUGUCCUUUACACUGUCUUCUUGAUGGCAUCUGCAUUGGCAAAAUCGUACUCUUCUCUACUAGUCUUCCGAUUGAUUGACGGCAUGGCAGCUUCAGCGCCCAUCACAGUCGUCGGUGGGGUCUAUGCUGACAUUCAAGCAGAGCCGACAGCACGAGGUCGACUCAUGGCGUACUACAUGACUGCAACAACAUUAGGACCCGUCCUUGGACCACUAGUCUCUGGCUUUCUCUCCUCUUACGGCUGGCGGUGGUGCUUCUGGUUUGCAUUGAUAUGUGCAGGUGUUACGCUGCCCAUGGCCCUCCUGAUGCCAGAGACAUAUGCACCAGUGAUUCUCCAGCGCAGAGCUAGGAGGUUGCGCAAGGAGACCGGCAACAUGAACAUUGUGUCACCCGUGGACUUGAGCUGUCAGAGCCUAGGACGCAAACUUGCAGUCAAUCUAGCGCGUCCGUUUCAGAUGCUAUAUCAUGAAGCCAUUACAUCUCUCUCAUGCUUAUAUCUUGCACUUACUUAUGCUGUGUUCUAUCUGUACUUUCAAGCGUAUCCUAUCAUUUUCCAAGACAUCCAUGGCAUGACUCCUGCACAUUCUGGAUUAUGUUUUCUUCCAAUCGGCGUCGGCGCCGUGCUCGCCUGCAUCAUCUUCAUCUGGUACGAUGGUUUCCUCGCCCGGGCCAAAGCGCAGAAUAUCAGCUGGGCAAAUAUCGAAGAAUAUCGCCGGCUUCCACUUGGAUGCCUUGGGGGACCAUUAUUCGUUGUAUCACUUCUCUGGAUCGGUUGGACAACCUACCCGACGGUGCAUUGGGCUGUCCCGCUUCUAUCGGGCAUCCCCUUUGGGACGGGGUAUCUCUUGAACUUCAUGGCCAUGACCAAUUACCUUACCGAUGCAUAUGAGACGUAUUCCGCUAGUGCACUGGCAGCAUCUACAUGCACGCGAAGUGUCCUCGGCGCCGUGCUGCCACUCGCAGCGAAGCCUAUGUUUGAUCGUCUGGGGGUGCACUGGGCGUGCACGUUGAUCGCGCUGUUGAGCCUUGGGGUCUCGGUCAUUCCGUUUGCCUUCAUCCGAUAUGGAGAUCGGAUCCGAGCGAACAGCCGGUUCUGUCGGGAAUUGAAGAGACUCAAGGAAGCCGAGGGCGAGAUGAUAGCCUCAGCUGUGAUGUCGGGGGUUGAAGUUCAGGCGGAAACCAAGGAUGCAGAGAGACAGCAUGCUUGA